AUGCUGCACACGAUUUUCCUCAUCACAAUCCUUGUAGCCGAGUUGGUAACAGGGAAUCCAAUACUCAUCAAUAGGUCUCUUAUUAACCUACCCAUAUCUCGUCGGGCAAACAUCACGGGCGGCCUUGACCUCCUGAAGCAUGACCGUGCCCGGGCAAGGUACAUGAAAGCAAAGACCAUUGCUAGAGUAUAUGGAAAUUCAUUUCAUACCCUCGACGUUAUCGGCGAGCCAGUUGAGAACGAUGAAGUGGAGUAUAUUGCCACCGUUGGCGUUGGUAGCCCACCUACAUAUUACUCGCUUGCUGUUGACACUGGAAGUUCAAACACAUGGAUUGGAGCCGGUAAAGCUUACAAGAAAACUGGCACUAGUACCCAGACUUCAAAUCAGGUGGAUGUAGGAUAUGGAUUGGGAUCCUUCUCGGGAACCGAAUAUCUUGACAUGGUCACCCUGGCUCCUGGCCUGGUAAUCAAAAACCAAUCUAUUGGAGUCGCUUCAACGUCGAAAGGAUUUGAAGGGAUAGAUGGAAUUCUAGGAAUCGGUCCAGUUGAUCUCACAGUGGGAACUUUGUCCGACAAAAGCGUUCGAGUGCCUACUGUGACCGAUAACCUUUUCUCACAGGGGGUUAUUUCCUCCAACGAGAUCGGCAUCUCCUUUGAGCCUACAACUGGCCAAAAUAAACAUGACGGAGUGAUAACCUGGGGCGGGACCGACUCGACCAGAUUUACGGGUACUAUUUCCUACAUACCUUUGACAAAGACAUUUCCUGCCUCCGAGUUCUGGGGUAUUGACCAAUCUAUCCGAUAUGGCGCGUCAACUACAAUUUUAUCCUCUGGAGCUGGAAUCGUAGAUACCGGGACCACGCUCAUCCUUCUCGCCACCGAUGCAUUUAACAAAUACCAGGCUGCGACUAAAAGUCAGCCCGAUAGCAAUACCGGCUUCUUAACGCUGCCGGCCUCCAGCUACAGCAAUUUAGAGAGCUUAUUUUUCUCUGCAGGGGGACAUACUUUCGAAUUUACGUCCAACGCCCAGAUAUGGCCUCGCUCCCUGAACACCAACAUUGGUGGAGUCGCUGCAAACAUAUAUCUCAUCAUCGCGGAUGCGGGUACAGACGCCCCUGGCGACUUCGUUAACGGUUUUACUUUCCUCCAACGAUUUUAUUCUGUAUACGAUACUGCAAAUGGGCGUGUGGGUCUAGCGCAGACCCCCUUCACCAAAUCAACAUCCAAUUAA